CAGAAUUAAAAACUGAUUCAUAAAGGUUCCACAAUUACCUACAAAAAGUAAAUGUAUACAGUACCAGAAGGAUAACUAAGCAUUCAGCCCUUGGCUAAACAAGGUGACUAUAACAUGUAUCUCGGCAGGGAGGGUGAAGAGAUGGAAGCGAGGCCGCUUUAUUUAAAAGGGCUUAAUCUCUUGUUGCUCAUACCAUUCCUGGUGCAAGCAAAAGGGGUUGGCUCAAACACAACAAAGAUAAACCAAACUAUGAUGGCAAACGCAACAAAAAAGAGUUCUCACAUUCUGAUACAUAAAGGAGUUGUUUCAGACCAAAUGCCUCAAUCUUCAAGUCAGUUGGUUGAACGGAGUGACAGGAGGCUCGAAGUUCAGCGACCGCUUGCAGAAGAUGGCACGGAUGAAACACGAGAAUACGAGGAAGAAGUAAGCGACUCGUCUCCUGCCACAGAUAUGUUGAGCGAAGUUGCAGGCAGGGAGAGAAACAAAGAAGAGGUGCUGGAUGCUGUGCGCCCGUACAAAUCUCAAGACGACGAUAAGUUUGACAUUCAAGAUAGAAGACGACAAGGUGCCCAAAUGUUAGGUAAGGAAUUAAACAAGAUGAAGAAUAAAGGCUUAAUGGCCGAGUCUGAAGAUGAGUCAAUUGCAGAAGCCGCAUCACAUAAAACCCUUGAGAUCUAUAUUGCCGAGGAAGAAGUUGAUCAGCAGAAAAGACAUAAUGACAACAAGAACAUUCUGCAUCCUCGAAAUAAAAGCAUGACCACCGUUAAACACGGAGAUAAGGCAAAGAGUAGUAAUGGAAUUGGAAUUAUCCGCAAAAUGGCCGCCACCUCUGACGAGGGUACUUCCGCCACCGGUUCGAAAACUAGCGCCACAACAGCAACCGGUGUAACAUCAGCCGCUAACAGAAACGCGAAUGAAAGUAAUGCAGUAUUUCAAGAGGCUCUUGCAGCACAUAACAAACUCAGAGCAAUGCAUCACGUGAAUCCUCUUCAGUGGAACGUAACCCUCGCAGAACAAGCACAGCAAACAGCAGAAUCUGUGGCCAGCGACCCCUCCACCUUCCAAGGGGAGCCUCUCGGUGAGAACAUCGCUCAAAUAUGGCACGACUUACCAAGAGCACCUCUGAAGGCGACAACUAUAUGGUACAGUGAGAAAAAGUCUUUCAGUUUCUCGUAUCCAGAGCUGAACGAUAAAGUAAAGCACUUCACGCAGAUGAUUUGGAGAGAUACGUCCCAGUUAGGAAUGGGUGCAGCACCAAGCCCCAGCGGCAAGUAUGUCAUAGUUGUUGCAUUGUACAGACCCGUGGGAAAUGACAUUCAUCGCAUCAGGGACAACGUCCAAAGGCCGGGGCCCGUACAGGAUGUGUAUGCGACAAUAAAAGAAAAAAUUUCCAAACCAAAUAACUCAGUCUAGUUUCGAGCAAUGAGCAAUUUUGUCUUUUAAAGUUUCAUACUAAACUAUGACUUAAAUGUUCCUCUAAAAGCAGAGAGUAAGACAGGAGAACCACACACAUCUACCUUUUGUCACUAAAGUUGAUUUGCAGUAUGGGUCUGAACUGGUAUAAAGCGUUCCGGUAAGACACAGUGACUGAUAACGACAGGAUUCUACCUGUCCAGCUCAACUCUGCUAAGUUCAGUUUGCUUUGUUAGAAAGAUCGCUUGUAUAGUAUAUGCUAGAGAUCUCCUGCUUCAGAAUGCUUGGCUUCCGGUCAAUCAAGCUCGUUACAUCAAAACUUGGUAAUAAUCUCAUCUAAUUUUAGUCUCAACAGGGAAAAAUUUCAAUAAGAAUCGCCUUUACAAAAACUUAAUCUUAAAGAAACUCGACAAAGGACGUUUGCCUUUUGUCCUCCUUUCAGAUAAUUUUCAUCAACACCCGAAAACAUGAUAAGUGAGUUAAAAAUUCUGUAUCAGAUAAUCAUUUGUCAAAUA